AUGGCACAGCCCGCUCUCGCGAGUAUGCCAAUUGAGCUGCUCGUCCACAUCAUUGCAACCUACCUUUCCACCGAGGACCUGGGAGCUCUUCGAUUGACCAGUAAAUAUCUCGAGCAGGCCCUCUUCGACAGUUUUGCUAGAGAGUUCUUCACCAAGAAGCAAUUCAUGCUCACCACCCCAAGCUUGACUACCCUUAUCGACAUCGCCAAACAUCCUGCUCUCUCUAAAUCCCUCCAGCAUGUCAUCAUUGGCCUUGAUCAUUACCAGUAUACAAGCAAUGGCUUCACCACCUUUGGCGAGGCCGAAAAGUACUAUCAAGGAUUUGCCGAUCAACAGUACCUGAUCCAUUCUGGUCAAGAUCGCGAAAUGCUCGCCGAGGCUCUCUGCGCUCUCCCAAACCUGAAGACUAUUGGGAUCCGGGAUUAUAGUGCUGUUGGUCGCGUCCGAGAAGGAAGCCGUUGGAAUAGUUACGGUGCGCCGACGGUAUUCAGAGAGACCGGUCUGAUGUUACCGCCUCAUAAGACCGGCGCUGAUAUUCUUGCGGCCCUUCCCGCAAAGAUGUUCACUCUUAUUAUGAACGCUCUUGCCGAUGCCAAAAAACCAGUUCCCGAGAUCGAGACCAUUCUGCGCGCAAUUGGCUCUGGAUUGAGUGACGCUGCAUUCUAUCUGCCCGAGUACCAGAGUGUCAAGUUCGAACCGGUCCUGCAGGGUCUGAAAACACUCCUCCUGACCGUGAACCCUGGGAUGGCCCAUCCCGUUCUGCACAUAGAUAACAGCGACGACGUAAUGGGUCAUCGCUAUCUGAAACAGUUCCUUACUCGUCUGCCCAACCUUACCCACCUAAGAUUGAACUAUCAAUCACACGACAGGUGCGCAGGCAAGCCAAUGGUGGAGUGGCUCGGCGACUCCAAGAUAUUCCCACUGCCCAAACUUGAGCGAUUGGAUAUCGGCAUGACAGCGGCACCACCAGAGCUUCUGCUUCGUGUUAUUGCUCUACAUGCGCAGACACUCCGCCACAUCAAUCUUUGGAAGUUCGGCUUGACCUACCCAAGACAAGAUAUCACCCACGACGUAGAUGACCGACCGCACCCAUGGCGUUCCUUCUUGGAGACACUCGCCGGCGUUCCCAAUCUCAACCUCACUAACAUCAUGCUCGGUAAUACAUAUCAUUAUGAUGGUGUUAAUCCGCCCAUCAAUGUCCAGUUCAUCACCGAGGCGGCAAAAGCCGUUGGAGAAGACACCGAGAAGCGACUGACGUACGGCCACAAGGCUUUCGACCAAACUCGAGAGUACCAUGGCAAGAUGAGUGAUUUUCUGCCCAAAUUGAUAGAGGAUGCGUUCGCUCGAUGGCCAGUUGGCUACUCGCACAGAGCGCAGCGCUUCGAUCAAAAUGAGGACGAAGACAUGGAUUCAGAUGAUGACGAGGAUGAGGACUUUGAAGAUUAG